UUAUUUAUGUAUGGUUGAAAAUUAUUUUCGUAUUGCAUUUAUAUUGAAAUUGAUUGGUGAACCACAUCAAUCAAGAAAUACUUCUCAUCAUAAUAAUCAACAACAGCAACAACAACAGCAACAACAAUAUGGACAUCGUUUGUCUAGGUCAAGUUUUGAAAAAAAAUUUCAACGUAAUAAUGGUGAACAACAACAACAACAACAAAAUUUCAACAACGAUGAUCAAACAACAAUAAAACGUAGCCAAUGUGAACGAAUGACAUUUCAAGAUAUGAUUAUAUUCACUAUACAACGUUUUCCACAAUAUAAUAUGUUUUUAACAAGAUUAAUAGCUAUUAACACUCGUGAUUAUAAUCAUAAUGAUGAAGAUUAUGAAUUAUUACAAAAAGCAAAAGAAAAAUUACAAAUUUUUCUAGAUAAAAUAGGUCGACCAGAUCAACAACAACAACAACAACAAUCGCAACAACAACAACAACAACAACAACAGCAACAACAACAACCACAAAGACCAAUUACAAUACAGAUAAAAGAUUUAUCAACAUUAGUUGAUGAAACACAAACAAUUUGUAAUCAAUAUCCAUCUGAUUGUUUAGUUUAUAUUUUUGAUAAUAUAAUUAUUCGUAAACAACGUAAACAACAAGAUUUAGAUGGUGCAUUAUUUGUUUUAUCUGAUAAAAUAUUAUUAGCUGAACGUAUUAAUAAAAAUAAACGACGAUCAUUAAUUAAUUAUGAAUAUCGAUUACAACAAUCGAUACCUAUUGAACAAAUUGAUUUAAAAUGUCAAUGUUGGCAACGUAAUCAACAACAACAACAACAACAAUGUUUAUUAUCUGAUCAACAACAACAACAGCAUCAACAACAAUCAUUUUUAAAUAAUUUAUUAAUAGAAUCAUCAACAACAACAAUUCCAAUUUAUAAUUGUCCUGAUUGUAUUGAUAAAUUACAAUUAGAUGUACAAAAAAUUUAUGAAUUACAAAAUUUAAUGAAAGAAAUUGAAACAUUAUCCAUAAGGAAUAUAAUUGAAAAAACAUUUACAAAUUAUUUAUUAUUAAUUGUGAAACAAUUGGCUGAAAUGAAAGAAAGUUUAUAUCGUUGUACAAAAGAUUGUUCAGUUGAUUUAUUAAUACAAACAACAUCGACAUCAACAUUGACUACAAAACAUUUGGAUAGAAAUUUUUUUCCAAUAAACGAUUUUAAUUCAAUAAUUAAUCAACAGGAUUUACAAAUGGAAAAUUGUCAAACAGAUUUAAUUCUAUCAACACAACAACAACAACAACAACAACAAAAUCAUCAUAGAUUACGUUCAACACAUUAUUAUUGUGAACAACAUUAUCGUAAAUUAAUUAAUAAUAAUGAUGAUGGUGUAUUACAUUUGAUAAUGUUGAAAAACGUUAUGAUUUUGAAUUGUUUAUCGGUUGGUUAA